ACGCAAUUAAAUACCUUGUUUUGAACAACCAUUAAAGUUGACAUGACACAUUUUCUAUAUCUAACAAUUUUUGUAAACACGCUUGUCGAAUACACAAAUUAUAUGUAUAAAAUAGGCGAAUGCUAUUUAUUGCGGAAGUAAUGGCUUCCUAAAAUUUAAUUGCUGAUGUUAAUUUAUAUUGCUUUGUAAAAUAUCUUUGGAAACCGAUGAUCAGCUUUGAUGUUAACAUGAAUCCAAGUUAAUUUAAAAGAAUAAUUCAUUUAACAUGGGUGAUACUGGCGGUAUUGCUUCUGUAAAAAGCAAAAUGAAAGGAAGGGUCGAAGAGGAAGAUGAAUCGGAAGAAGAAGUUUGGGAUAGCGAAGAUGAUGACGAGACCAUCGCCAGGAUUCAGCGCGCUCACUACGCGCAAGCAGCCGCUAUGAAUCCUCGUCGGCGGGCGCCUCCGCGUCCUCGACCAUUAAGCCACAAAAGGAAAUUAGAAGCAGUGAAAAAUUUUCAUGAUUUUACUAAAAAAUUAAAAAAAGACACUGGUAUAUCAAUUCGUAGUUUAGUAGGAAACAAUAUAUUAGAGCUAAGUGACUUUUCUAGUGAAGAUAGUAAAUCGGAAAGUGAUGGGUUAUCAGAAGAAGAGUUUGUUGUUAACCCAAACGCAGUUCAGGAGCUGGAGGAGGAAAACGAAAGUUUCAUUGACCCUGUGACUGGUGAUAUUGUGGAAUGCAAGAAAACAGUACAGAAACCUGUAAGUUCAGACAAUACUCCUAAAUAUACUGAUGUACAGCAAAACAUAGAGCCUAAAACACUUUCAAUCAGUGAUAUAAUUAAUGAGGGUGGUAUUGACCUGAGUAAAAAUGUUGAGAUAGCUGAAGUUGAAACAAGUGAGUUAUGCCCAGACAAAUGCCCAGAAGAGUUAUUAGAUAUGAAGCAAGAUGAGGCUAGUCAGGACUUCGACGAGUCAAACAAUGUAAAUGAGAUGCACAAUGAAGAGGUUAAACCUCAAGAUGAGUUAAGUGAGGAAGUGGGUUCUGCAAAGGAUGAAAAGAAACCGGAAACUGAAGAAGAGAAAAAAUUAAACAAUCUCAAUGCAAUUAAUGUAAGGAGAAAUAUAAGAGAAGUAAUGGAUGAGAAAAAUUUGGAUGCCUCAACAUUAACAGCUCAACGGCAGGAGUCUGAACGUCUGGCUCGUGUACAAGAACAGCAAAGGAUCAUCAGAGAGGUGCAAAGACAAAUAGCAAUGAAUAGACAGAACAAAAUUCACCAGAAAACUCUCUCCUUAUUACAAGGUGGAUCUUCCAUACUGAAGAAGUCUGGCCCUGGACAAAAAUUAAAUUUACCAAAUACUGUAACUGUGAAGAUGCCAUCAGGUGAAGUUAAGAAGACUAUAAAACAUGGGCAAGUUGAGCUUACCAAAGUGCCAAAGCCAACAACUUCAGCAAUGUUCUCACAGAAACUCGGCAAACUUGAACAAAAAUCGGAAAAGAAAGAGGUGGUUGAAAUAGUUGACAGUAGUAGUGGUGAAGAAACUUCAUCAUCGUCAUCAGACUCCGAUGAUUGUAUUAUGCUGUCAGAUUCAGAAGUACCACCAAGUCCUGAAGCUGAGGAAGAUCCCGCUAAUUCUGGUCUGCAUGUAAAUGACACUUACAACAUACCGGAUGAGCAGGGACGCGUUUUGAUAAACAUUGGUCAUCCAGAAUCAGAAGAGGAUAUAUUCUUAGCUCCCCAAAUUGCUAGAAUUAUAAAACCACAUCAGAUCGGAGGUGUGAGGUUUUUGUUUGACAACAUAAUAGAAUCAGUUGAGAGAUUUUCAACGUCAGCAGGAUUUGGUUGCAUUUUAGCACAUUCAAUGGGUCUGGGAAAGACUUUGCAGAUUGUCUCGUUUUGUGAUAUAUUUCUGCGGCACACCACAUCAAAGACUGUGCUAUGUAUUAUGCCAAUUAAUACUCUACAAAAUUGGGUGGCAGAGUUCAACAUGUGGCUGCCGCUGGAGGCGGGCGCGAGCGCGCUGGCGGCGCAGGGCGAGGUGCGCACGCGCAACUUCCCCAUAUACGUCCUCAACGACAGCCACAAGACGCUGCAGAUGCGAGCCAAAGUUGUUAAGGACUGGACUGCCACUGGCGGUGUGCUUAUGAUAGGAUACGAACUGUACAGACUUUUAAGUAUGAAAAAGGACAAGAAACCUCGUAAGAAAAAAAAGGCGGAAUUAAAGGCCGAAUUGGAGAAAGAGAGAGAAGCCCUUAAAAAUGACAAAACCGAUACUAACGAAGAAACUCAGGGUUCAGAAAGUAAUAUGUCAAAGCCAUCAGAAGAAUCACGAGGUGAAAGAGAGGAAACGAAAGAUGAAACCUAUAAUAAGACUGAACAAGAAAAUAAGGAUAAGGAAGAGAAAAAAGAUGACAGUCUAGCUGACGAAGAUAAAAGACUUUUAGACGAAAUGUAUGAAGCGUUAGUUCGGCCAGGGCCGGACUUGGUGAUAUGUGACGAAGGUCACAGAAUAAAGAAUUCUCACUCAAACAUAUCUUAUGCUUUAAAACAAAUGAGGACAAAACGCCGUGUUGUGCUCACGGGUUAUCCCUUGCAAAACAAUUUAUUAGAAUACUGGUGUAUGGUUGACUUCGUGAGACCGAAUUACUUGGGCAGUAAGACUGAGUUCUGCAACAUGUUUGAACGUCCCAUACAAAACGGUCAAUGUAUCGACUCCACGCCGCAGGACAUCCGGCUCAUGAGAUAUAGAGCUCAUGUACUUCAUUCUUUGCUCGUUGGCUUUGUACAAAGACGAUCUCACGCCGUGCUACAGUCGACUUUACCACAGAAAGAGGAAUAUGUACUGCUCGUGCGUAUGACGCCCUUACAAAGAAAACUAUAUGACAAAUUCAUGAAUGAAGUAGUUCGAACUACGUCAGUGCCAAACCCGCUAAAAGCAUUCGCUAUUUGCUGCAAGAUAUGGAAUCAUCCAGAUGUAUUAUACAAUUUUCUUAGAAAAAGAAACGAAGUCAACAUGGCUAUUGAAGAAGAUCUUGAUUUGGAGGAAAUAGGCGGAGUCACUAAAGCAGGUCGACAAACUAGAUCCAGAGGAAAUCCCAAAAAGGCGGCUAAACCUCGGGGUGCUAAAAAGCCGGCGGCUACCAUACCUCCUAAUACAACUGGAGUAGGAAAUAUUCGUCAUGAUGCGGGAUCUUUUGGAAACACUCAGUUCCCUCCAAACGGACCUUACCCAGGACCACCAGCUCUACCGGGGCAACCAGGGAUGCCCGAUUCCUACAGACCUGCCAGACCAGAGGCAUCAUAUCCCCCGUAUCACGAAUAUCAAAACUCUGGCCAAGGAUACUAUCCCCCUAAUCAAGGCUAUAAUCAAGAAUUCAAUAGCAAUUAUUAUCAACAACCUCAACCACCUUACGGCAACAAUUAUCCCAAUCAGUAUCCUCAGAACAAUUCUGAAUGUAACCAAGGAUAUAAUCAAAACAAUUACUGGAAUAAUAGCAACUAUUAUGGUAAUCCAGGAUACUAUAACAAUCCCCAGUAUCCCAACCCUCAACCGCAACCAGAGUUUACUGGUAAUCCUCCGCCUAAUUUCAACAAUAGUCAACCGUAUCCAACGAACUUUAAUACGAUGGAUCCAAGCAAUCAAUCGUACCCUAAUAAUCAAAUUCCACAAUAUCCUGCUAACCAGGACAAUUUCAACAAUCCACAAAGGCCGCCCUUCCAGGGACCUGUUAAUCAAACUACUCCAGGAUAUCCUACAUUUGAUUCCAGUGCUUCAGCACCUAGUAAUUACCCUAGUAAUCAACCCCCUCAAAAUUAUCCCAAUGCACCAUAUCAACCUCCAUCAUAUCCCGGAAACAGUACAAGCUAUGGAUCAAAUAUCCCACCUGCUUACAACCAAUAUAAUAACCCUAACGCAAAUUAUCCCGCCUACGGAAAUAAUCCUCCUAAUCAGUCUCAAAGUAACCCCUUGCCUAAUCAAACGACAGUUAAAACGGAGGUAAACGAUUCCAAUUAUCAGACUUCUGAUAGGAAACCAGAUCCGAGCUAUCCUCAAAAUAAUGUUCCGUUUGAAAACUCAUUUAAUUUUCACCAACAAAAUCCUUUAUAUCCAAACCAGUCAGAGACAGGUGCGAGUGGCUACCCGUGUCAGUACCCACCUUUCUCCUCCUCCCUUGAAACCAAACCUCCUCUCGAUAGCGCUGGAAGUCCGGUCACAUCAUGGCCAAUCACAGAUACCAUUAAAACUGAAAUUGAUAAACUAAAACUUGAAGAUAAAAUGGAAAUGAAAUCUGAAUCAGACGGAGAGGUCAAAAUAGAAGAUCUAGAUACAAAGAAAAUUGUUAAAGAUGAAAGUAAAAGAGAAAUGUCUAAGUUAGCUGCGUCGCCUAAAAAUCAAUUCGUUGAAAGUUCUACAAAAGAUGUCACAUCAAAAGAAGCAACUAAAAGUGAUAAAUCAGAAUCUGACGAAGCCGCUAAGAAAGGUAAACAGAAAGGCAAAGGAAAAGACGCGAAAAAAGCAGAAAAACCGAAGGCAAGAGGGCGGCCCAAAGCGAAGGGUAGGAAAGAUAGAAAAUCUUCGAAAGAUAAGAAUAACGAAGAAUCUGAAUCUGAAGAAAGUGAAAAGGAGGAAAAAAUGAAUAAAGAGGAGGAGUUAGCGAUGGUAAAAAAGGCUGAAGAAAUGACAUACGACUGGGCGGCGGAGUUAUUGAAGGAUUACGUUCCUGGUAUUAUUGAAAAUUCCGCUAAGAUGGAAUUGUUCUUUUAUCUUCUAAAUGAAAGUAUCAAAGUCGGAGAUAGGUUAUUACUGUUUAGUCAGAGUUUAUUUACUUUAAAUCUUAUCGAAGAUUUCUUAGAAAGAAAUUACAUCCCUGGCACAGUUAGUUUAUGGCAGAGAAAUGUUUCUUACUACAGACUGGAUGGUUCAACUCAUGCGUUGGAAAGAGAGAAGUUAAUCAAUGAAUUCAACUCCAAUCCGAACAUAUACUUGUUCCUGGUGUCGACGCGCGCCGGCUCGCUCGGCAUCAACCUGGUGGGGGCCAACAGGGUCAUUGUGUUUGACGCCAGCUGGAACCCUUGUCACGAUACGCAAGCUGUUUGUCGUGUAUACAGAUACGGUCAGCAGAAGCCGUGUUUCGUGUACCGGUUCGUGAUGGACUGGUGCCUGGAGAAGAAGAUCUACGACAGACAGAUCAACAAGCAGGGCAUGGCGGACCGCGUCGUUGACGAGUGCAACCCUGACGCAGUGCUCUCUAUGAAGGAGAUCACCAAUCUCUGCUUCGAUAACGACGAAAACGAAUCAGAUGUAAAAGAUUUAUCGGAGCACGCAGAAAGAUAUGUUGAUUUGCUGAUGCAAGGCAUUCUCACAAAGCACGGCAAGUUGUUGAGCAAGGAACCAUUCCAACAUGAAUCACUUCUGGUUGACAGAAAGGAGAAGAAAUUAUCAAGCGCUGAAAAACGAUUGGCACAAAGAGGUUACGAGCUGGAGAAGAAGGCGGCGCUGGCGCCGAAGCCGGCGGGCGCGUACCGCGCGGUGCGCUGCGCGGACGGCACGGUGGUGCAGCGGCCCGUGGCCUCCGUGCGGCCCAUGCAGCACGCGCGCUGGAUCCCCGCCGACGUGUGGCGCCGCCAGGGCAUGACCGCGCAGGAGAUGACGCUGCCCCUCGACGUUGUGAUACCUACGAAUUCGGCUGAAAAGACUAAUAUUGUUCUAAAGGCCGGACAGCGAGUUAUGGUAUUGAAGUCGCCGAAAGGUAUUUAUAUGCAGCUCGAGUCUGGUAAAAUAAUAGCAAUCAAGACGUCACUCAAAGGUUUACAAAAAGGAUCAGAAGUCAAGGAAGGAACCCCAUUAGGAAAGAAAGUUAUGACCAAUCGCGUUGCAGCUAGUAUACCCGGUUCCUUAAAAAAUAACUCUGCAAUUACCAUUACCUCUAAGACCGGAAUGAGACCUGGAAUGCAAAGGGUACUAUCUAGACCCUCAAUGUUGGGACCGAACAAAAUGAGGCCUGUGUUACCUGGACAAAAAAUAGCAGAGAUCAGAAACCGCUUAGGUGAUAUGAAGUCGUACACUGCGAUGCGACCGAAGUUACCAAUGAAUCCUGCGCGUUUGCUGCGGCCUAACCUGCCCGGUUCUGUUAGUAUAACAAGAAUUCCAAAACAAAUGAAAAAGCCUGCAAACAUUGUGCCCAAAGACUUAAAGAAAAUGGAAUUAGAGUCAGAUGAAGACCCGCAAGUAUUAGACAGCGAAGAGGAAGAAGAGUCAACAAACGAUAGCAAAGAACAAGAAGUAAGCGACCAAACAAACAAGAAAGAAGAACCCGAACGCAAUGAAGACAAUCUUGAACAAAGAGCAGAUGCCCCUCAAGAGGCAGAAAAAGAUACAACAGAUAAAGACCAGAAAAGUAACGACAGUGAACCAAUGGUACUCACCACAGAUGAAAAAUUACCACCCGAAGAAGCUUUAGAAAAUAAAUCCAUGGAGGAAACUCCUAUAGAAAUGCAUGACGCCAUCAGCAAUCAAAUGAAUUUAGCACACAACGAUAUGCACGAUUCCACGCAAUUCGAAAAGAAAAUAAAUCUAUUAAAGAACUAUAGACACCAACGUCCUUUCAGCCGCCCGCAGACGGAAUCUAGUUUAACUCAACUGGAGAGAACCGCUAGUACAUUGAACAAUGAAGGAAUACCAGACUUUCGAAGGAACUUGGACGAUAUUACACAAUCUUACUCACCGAUCACCGAUGAUAAAACUAACACUAAAUCUAGAAAGAAGAAAUCUCCAACUAAAAUUGAAAUCACUCCCGAACCUCAGCCCGUAAACAUAGAAAGGCCGCCGAUACCGAGUGCAAAUAUGUCUCAUAGUGUAUCUAGUCUGCUCGGCUCGAGCACGCAGAAGCCCCGCGUAGAUCCGAUGCUCGGCAACCACUUGCCUAAACCAAGGAUGAGUGACUCAAUCGCACAAAACUUAUCGCUCAGUGCGCCAAGACCGAAUCCUUUGAGUAUGUCGCACGACAAUCAAAUCAGUCCUCUGCGAGAUUACACUAUGGGCCAAAGUUUAGAUCAUUCAAAGCAUAUGGCGAUGGGCCCGGCCUUGGGAAACAUAGGACUAAUGGGAGGUCCUCCAGUAACACCUAACAUUGAUGUGCGGAAAGUACCGGGGACACUUGGGGAUCCCCUCAGCAGUCCAAUGCCCAGCGGGGCUAUGAAACCUGUGCAACCAUAUCCAACUCCAAAUCCGCCUCCAGAAGUACCGUACGGUCAAUAUCCAGGUUACGGUAUGGGGUACGGCGCGUACCCGAACCCGGCGUACUACGCGGGGUACGGCGGCGCGUACUACCCGCCGUACGCGCCGCCCACCACCUCGCCCUCCGUGCCGCCGCCCGACGCCUACCUGCCCUCCAACCAGCACUGGUGAACUAACAUUGUACAUCUACGGACUAUCACUACUUGUGCAUACGUUACAUUAUAAACUCACCUUUCAUAAAAUUUAUGUAGCUUUAAUUUAUAUCAUUUUAGUCAUCUUUCAUUGAUGGUUAGUAGAGGCCAAUUGUAAAAUGUUGAUGCACAAUUGAUUUUUUUUCUUGUAUUCUCAUGUUCUAGAAUUUAUUUAUGAAUAAAAAUGUUAUAUUUGAUACAUAGUUAUACAAUUAUCGACAGACCUUAGUAUGUAUUUUGUCGUAUUAUUGUUUUCGUAUUUCUCCGUAUAUAAGAUUUUCGAAGAUAACUAUGACGGGCUAAAAGUAACUGUAAAUAAUAAUGUUUUCCGUAUUGUAUUGUUAAUUAUCAAACGAUUAUUUUAACAUUGAAAUUGAAAUAUAUUCAAACAAGGAUAUCUUAGCCUGGUGAGAUACGCUGCUAUUGUAAGGUUCUGUCAGAAAAUAUGUAAAACCUACAUUGGACAUAGAAAAUGACAUAAAAAGAGGGCGCUAGUGAGAUCACAAUUUAGUUUCACUUUCCACCGGGUAAGAUAUCUUGUCGGUCUAUAUCCAACAAUGUCAUAAUGUAUUGAUAAUUCUUUACUAAUAAUACUGAAGUAAUGACGUGGAAGUACUUAUUGCUAAGUAUACGCAGUUCAAGAUGCAUUUCAAUGCGAAGCGUUACAUAAUUAUAAUCAUCCAUUGUAAAUUAUACUAACAUUUAUCAUUUUAGAAUUGUAUUAGUCGGAAAUCUCAAUAAAACUAUUUUUUUUUUCGUAUGUUAAAGUAAAGAUUCUGUUUCGUGUUGCUGUCUUUUGAAUAUUACGGCUACGGAUUGGUCGAUGGAUGUGAUACGUUGCUAAAAUUAGAGAUUAAGUCGAAAUUAGCGCAUAAGGAGUAUUUAUCAUUUAAUUAGCUCUAGAUAGGCGUUCUUAACGGUUAUACUAAGCACUUCAGAGGACAUAGCACGAAAACUUCCAAGAAAGUAUUUGUAACGUGAUCGAUAAAAUUUGUCUUAGAUUUAUGCAGCGCCUGUGGCGUAAAAUACAAAGACAAAUCUCAUAUAUUUUUGUCGAUGAAUUUACGAAUACAUUCUCACAAAUUUUCGUGCUAGGUCCCAGUUCACAUCAUUCUCUCGACUUGCCCGUAACAGUUAUAUUAACGCUGAUAGUAUUAUUUGAUUACGCGAUUUUUAUUUUGUCUAAUUUCGAUAUUAAAUAAAGAUUUGCGUAAUAAUUUCUAUUUUCCGUUUGGUGUGCAUUUUAAUAUCUGGAAAUUAAAUCUAAAUUUUAAUCGU